AGCCGACUGCAAGUGCCGCACGCGCAUGGUGCGACCUUCACGGAGGGAGCCACACAAAGGUUGCUGGAGGAGCCUCAGGGACAACGUCAGGGCUUAUGGCAUCGCUUUCGCCGGUCCUUCAACAGUUUCGCAGGAGGCGAUUCCCUACACGAGAAUGGUGUGGCCUUCAGCCCCGAGCUGGAGCGCGAGGUGAGGCGAACCUUUCCUUCUCCCACAUCGUCCAGCCGCGGCGCUCGGAGCCGAGCUGCUGCACCCGCGCCGGAGUCUGGCGCACAGGUGGGGCGCUACGGGGGCAACGAUGCGGUGUCCUUCGAGGACAUGCAGGCCUUUACCGAUCCAGCGGCGGACACCGCCUCCACCUUCCUGGGCCAGGCUCCUCGGCAUGUGCACAGCAACAAGAACUUGCUCCCUGGUCAACGGCCCUGGAGCGCCUUCAAACGUGGAACACAAAUCAUCGUGCUGCUGUGGGCAGCCUCGGUGGUUUGGGCCAUCGCCCGGGCCGUGCUGAACGUGUAUGACGCCUAUGUCGAGCACAAACACACCCAGACGACGGCGCAGCAGGAGAUUCUGCGGCCCCAACUGACCCAGAGCCUUUGCGAAGGCAUCGACGAGGAACUACGCAGCAAGCAGAUCCUGCAAUGGAUGGACCGUCGCGGUCGCCAGGGCCGAGUGCUGGAUCACGGCUGUGGAUGGCAACGAGCGCAGCAGGUGGCUUUGCAGGCGAUGUGUGGGACCGUCCAUGUCGCGUGGUUGGGAAACGGGACAAGGUGGCCGGAGCGUGCGCGUGUGCCGGGCGGAGGGGUCGAGGAGCGUUCUCACCUUGACUCCGAUGGCCAAUUGGCCUUUAGCGUGCAGACCUCAGAAGUGGCUCUGCCCAGCUUGUCGUGGAUCGUCUUCUUCGCACUUCGAGACGCCUUUGUGCCACGGGGAUCACCACGGCCUUUGCGGCCGCUGCGAACCUCGCAGCACGCAGCUUUGUGGGACGUCCUGCUGCCCAACGAGCCGGUGAACGUGCCGCUGAACACCUCCGCCUUGUCCAACCAGCUCCAGGAUGUGAUCUUCACCGUGAACCAGAAGGGCUGGCCACAAGUGGAUAUCGACCUACCUCCAGGGCUUCUCCUUGGAGUGGAAGGUGACGCGCCGGACGAACUGGAACCGAAGAAGGAGUUGAGCAAGGAGGAGGAGAAGCAAGGAGACCGAGAACUUGCCGGUGGUUUGAUACAAUUCUUCUACGAGUUCAAGAAUGCCGUGAACCUGUGCGUGCUCUUCCGCAGCCGGGCCCUGGCGACGGAUGCCAAAGUCACCUGGGGCGACUACGGGAAGGCUCGUGUGAUUGGUUUUCCUCCGGCGAGAGUGAUGGAGAUGGAGGAGAGCCAAGCCGUGGCACUGGCGAAGCUCCUGCGGAAUCGGCCCUACGUGGUCGCCGUGGCGCCCAAGGCGCGGCAACUGCGAGCCCUGCAGGAGCUGUCAGAAGCGAAAGAUGUGAAGAUGAUGCUGAUCCUGCUGAAUGCAAGGGUCCGCUGCAGAUCCGAGGACUGUAAGGACAUCCGAAAGGAUGUGGCCUUCGCGUCCAACCCGGUGUUCCAUGUGAGCUUUGUUGGGAAGGGCGAGGCAGAGGCCUCUGCCACAGCUGAGGAUUCCUCACUUGAAUCCUCAGCUGUCAAGGAACAUCUUUGGCAGCGAUGUCAGAGGUGGGUGCGCUCAAAGUUCUCGGCAGAGCGCACCGUUGACACCAUUGACAAGAAGGUUGGGUACCGCUUGGGUAUAAACACCGACCACCACUUGCACGGUGUCACCUUCCAUGAACUCAAACUCACGUUCAACCGAGAGACGUAUCUCUGUGUGGCACUGUUUGCACUUGCCUUCAUGUGGAGAAAUCGCCGCCAACCAAAAGCGCUUGUUGCUACAGGGAUGCCGACCAAGCGAGGAAGCUUGCAGAGAGUGGGCAUUCAAACCCUCGUCCAGCAGCAGCCCCUGGGCAAAGUUCGCGCAAAGUGGUUUGUGGGAGGGACGAUGUUCGGCCAUUUCAUGUGCUUCUGUGCAGAGGAGGUAGAAAAGAGCAUAAACAGCAGCGAGGAUGAGCCUCCCGAGGAUGAGUCUUUGAUCAAGGGUUCCAGGCAGGCAUCAAUAGAUGUGAAGGUGGCACCGAAGCUUCAUGAUUUGAUUGCCAGGGAUUCAGGCGAAAUUGAUCUUGGCAGUGUGGAACUUGGAGGUGUUCUUUGGCGCGUCAGUGCGCGACAACGUGACCAUCGCGACAAAAUAGGCUUCUACUUGAACCACCGGUCAGGCACCCGUGACCAGAUUGCUUUCUCGAUCAAGAUUGUUGAAACACACAAUGGGCAAGUGCUCCAAGAGGAGCGACAUGAGGGAAACUGGGUGAUGCUUCGAGUGCCCCCAUUCAACUUCGGCGUUGCUUCGGAUGGCAAAGGAGCAUGUGUUCGAGCAGCUCAAUUGGCCCAGGUUCAAUCCUUGCGCAUUGAGUUCACAGCACAUGGCCCUGCGCUUGAUCACUGGGCUUGCUUGGCAGUGCAGGCAGGACUUCAGAGAAGUCUCGGGCCGGGCUUGACGAUAAGGGCUCUCGCCCUGCACCUGCCAGGUGGGACACCACCUCGCGUCUUCGCACGCACCAAGCAGGAUGCACUGCUCAUGCUGGAGCCGAGAGGUCGCCGGCUUCAGCCACUGGUGGAGGUCGAGCCACCGCAGAACGGCUCACAUCCUCCAGAGACGCUCUUGGUUCUGAACGGCUUGCUCUUCUCCGACCAGGCUGCAGAGGGUGGAGGCCUUACAGCCUACCUUUUGCAGACCGGCGUGAAGUUCCACUGGCCACGUCAGGAAGGAGCCCUCAAGAACCUCACCAGCGGCGCCUUCUGCCGCCAGCUGACCUGA